CGACAUCAAUAAUUUAGCACAUUAUUUACAUUUUGAGUGAGAUUGUGAUAAAAAUGGCAUCUUCAAAAAAUUUGCUCUUUCUUAUUGGUGUUCUCUUUGCACUUGUGCUCCUCAUUUCCUCUGAUGCAACAGCUGCAGAUCAGAAGAGCGUGAAAACCACUGGUGUCCACGAUGCCAGUUCAGGCAAAGAUCGUUGCAGACAUGGUUGCUGCCAGUGGUACCAUGGACACUGCCAAAGAUGCUGUCGAACUGCCGAGGAGACCCCUGAAGCCACAUCUGGAGAUGAGGAUACCGUCACCGCAGAUCGUUGCAGAUAUGGUUGCUGCCGCUGGUACCAUGGAUAUUGCCAAAGAUGCUGUCCAUGCAGAUAUGGUUGCUGCCGCUGGUACUAUGGAUAUUGCCAAAGAUGCUGUCCACCUGCUGAGGAGACCCCUGAAGCUACAUCCGGAGAUGAGGUCAAAAAUUAAUGCUAAAUAAAUAAGGGUGUGACACAGGAUCCGUGACACCUAUAUUAUUACCUUAAUAUGUUAUGUUGUGUUUGCCUUUGAUGGUUGAUUUCCUAUAUGUGUAAAAGACUUGUGCGGCUUCUCUUUGAAUUGGUGUAGAAUCAACAGGGGAAGCAUGUAAUGAGUACUCAGUUCGAGUGCUCUUCUUAUGUUGUUGUCAUGUUGAAUAAAUAAAUCUACUUGAUCAUCUACUGCAAUUGAUGAUCUCUAUCUCAGUUACAUCAGAAA